CGACUACCAGCACCGGAAAACUCGUCUGACACUCUUUCCAGAAAGAAAAAAUUUAAUUUUAGUUCUUGCAACUGAUAGUAAUACACAGGAAGGAGGCAGCCGGCAUUUCAGUUCGUCGGAAAAAUGAAAGAUGAAGAUCGCAGUAGGGUCUUGGUUUAUUUGAAGCAUCUCCUCGUCGGUCAUGGUGAACGUGUCAACUCAAGAUGCUACCGUCCGGCUGUGACGGCGUGACUUCUCUUUCAGCGACAAUCACAUUGAUUUUGAUCCAUUGAUAGGAUGUCAAUAUUUUAUUCGUCACCCUCAUUUGACCCGUGGCCGUGGCCGUGCCCGUUUUGAGCAUAUUUUUGUUUGACUCAAUUUUCCAUUCGCAAUCGCAUGCUUAUGUUCCCAUGAUCUUUCUCAUCGUCAUCUAUUAGAGAUGUUAAUAUGGUGCAGGUCCGUGGGUGUAUGAACCUGACCGAUGCGGCAUGAAAAUGGUCCAACGACCUGUAGUAAUUGCACAAAAAUAUUGAAUAACAGGUAGUUUGAUGUGGUCUCUCUCUGUAAAGAUGACGCCCAAACCUCGGGCAUAGAAUUACGAACUAUAAACUUCUGUCGUCUGGACACCAUAGGCAUUCAUAUUUUUUUUCUCUUCACAACCAACGCAGCAGAAUCGCAGUAGCAGAAUCGCACGAGCAUGAUGGUGGUUGUGAGUCGUUUAUCCCGUAUUAUCCAGAUCCUCCUUGCCACCUUGGUAAGUUUGACCUGGUUGUUGGACAUCUCAUGUCUUCUUCACCCGGAUGGUGGAUUGCCAGCGGCGGACGUCCGCCGAUGGUACCACUCCCAGCUCGAGAAAAAUAUUCCGCCACCGCCAGAGAAAAGUUUGUACUACUCCACGAGCAGGAGCAAAGAAGAUGGCCAAAAUGGUGUACCAGACAAUUAUACUCCCAACGAAGUGCCGAUCGUCCUCGAAAACGGAGUUGCCACUAAAGCUGCUGAGGUCGAGUCUGAGUUUGACCGCAACGUUUGCGAGACCGCUCGGAUAGCUGUUACGGCAAGAAGAGAAGCACGGUACGCAGCCAGAAAGCGUGGCACUCUGCUGCACCGCGGGGUGCUGGCGGUGCGAGACCUUUUGAAAUACCAAGGCGGUGUCGAGUUCGAUUUCGCGCAAAUGCUGCAGAAACAAAAGUGCCCGGCGGCGAGCAAAGAAAUGGCAAUGGAGAAAGAAAAAUCAGGCGACAACCCAGGAGUCGGAGGCAGUGCAACCUGCUCGAAGAAAUCCAGAUGUGCACUUCUGUACCAGCGGGCCGUCAGAACAAAUGAAUACUACAAUCAGGUAUUUUUUGCGAUAAUGUUCAAGUUGUAUUCGUAUGGUAAUCUAUCUCGUAUAAUUUUCGUUCUUCUUUUAUUUGAACACAUGGAUGGUCUCGUAAACACGGCACGCAGGCGGCCUCCUGCGUGCCGUAUUUACAAGAUCAAUAUUAGAUAAUAUUUUCUGAUCAACGAAGCAGGGAGCCGCCAUUGGAGGUUCGCUAAAAAUUUAUUGUCGCAAAAUAAGUAAUUGUGAUCCAUUUAUCAUAGGUUCUCGAGCUGGCCCCGCACGGCAAGGACUCCAUUUUCAAUCAGUUCGAGGGUUACACGGCCUUCAUUGUGGAAGCCACUGUACACUAUCUCGGGCUUAUCAUAGGCUUAAUUUGUUGCGCAAGAACUGUGGAUUUCUUUGUCGCGCGAAGGACAAGAAAAAAAGCACAAGCAGAAAAGAAAGAACAGUGAAGCUGUUGAACAAUUUUUACAAUUCGCAGAUCGAAAACGAAAAUUGAAGAAGAAGGCAAAGUAGAGAAAUCGCAGCCGUUCACCACGAUCACGGCUUGCAGCGC